UUUGCAUUUGUAGGUACCAUACGUCAGCUUUAUGACAAGUUUUGUGAUGCAUUUAACAGAGGUACAAUCGUCAAUUACACAUGUCAACCGUGGGAUGUUUUUGGAAAGGAGUGCGAUUUUUUGGUGCGUUCAGUUCGCCAUAUACUUUGGUUCUGUUACACACGGUAACCCAAUUGCAUCGAGCCGAUACAAUUUCGACGACGAAUGGGAUUCCAACAUAAUCUCAAAUAAAGAACCGCUUCUGACAACCGCCAGCAGGGAGCACAAAUUGCCACCCCAAUCGCAUAGGCAGGGGAAAGAUGUGAUCGACUUGCGAGAGAGAUUGUUAAACGUAGAGGAGCUGAAUGUUACCAAUGAUAAAAUUGGUAAUUCGGUUAAUAAAAUCAUUCCUUGCUCCGUAUGUACGUUAGGAACCAAUCUUCUCCAAACGGCCGUACGGAAGGGGGAGUCGUUUGAAGCUAUAAAACUACAGUUUGUGGCAAUAUGUGUUGGUUUUGAAAUUCAAAAUCAUGAUGUAUGCACGGGGAUCUUUGAUAUCUUCGGCCCGGAAGUUUUGGCUGUGCUGAAUGUAACAGAAAAGAAUCCGAAAGAGAUAUGUACUCUACUUCAAAGCGAAGCUUGCGAAGAAGAUCCGAGCCUUCCACCUCCAUGGACGAUUGAAUUAUCGGAAGCCCGCAAUGAAUUAGAAGAGCCGGAAGGCCGCCCUUUGCAGUUAGGUAAACCUACGCUGAAGAUAUUACAAAUAUCGGAUUCGCAUUUGGAUUUGGAGUACGUAGAAGGAAGCAAUGCGAACUGCGAUGAGCCACUUUGCUGUCGCGCUACGUCAACGUUGAAGAAAAAGAACGGGGUGAUAAUGCCGGCUGGAAGGUGGGGAGCGUUCAAUUGUGAUUCUCCAAGGAUUUUGGUCGACAAUAUGUUGGAAAAUAUCGCAAAGGACCAUCCAGAUAUCGAUUACAUCAUGUGGACAGGAGAUUUACCGCCCCACGACAUAUGGCUUCAAACUAAAAAUGACAGUUUGAUGGUUUUAAAGGAAUCUGUAGCCCAAGUCCAGCGCAUUUUCCCUAAUACUGUUAUACUGCCAGCUCUUGGAAACCACGAAGGGAUACCAGCUGGAAACUUUCCACCACCUUGGAACAAAGACCAAGCACAUUCAAUGGAUUGGUUGUACAACGAAGUGAACAAGCAUUGGAAAACAUGGUUGCCGGAAUCGGAGGAAAAUUCAAUUUUACAGGGGGGAUUUUACUCGGUCCUGAUUCGGCCAGGAUUUCGAGUAAUAUCCCUAAAUACAAACUACUGCAACAUUUUCAGCUGGUGGUUACUUCUGAACAACACUGAUCCGGCGAAGGAACUCGAUUGGUUAGUUAAUCAAUUGGAGCAGGCGGAAAACAACGACGAGAAAGUUCACAUCAUUGGUCACAUACCUCCAGGUUCAUCCGACUGCAUGAAAACGUGGUCCCAUAAUUUCAACGAAAUAGUAAAUAGGUAUCAAAACGUAAUUAAAGCGCAAUUCUAUGGACAUACGCAUUCAGAUGAGUUUCAACUAUUUUACGAUCCUAACAACAGCAGUAGACCAAAUAAUGUCGCAUACGUUGCACCUUCCGUUACACCAUUCUCCGGCUAUAAUCCGGCGUAUAGAAUUUACCACGUCGACGGGGAACAUCCUGAUAGUACCUGGGAAGUCAUCGAUCAUGAAACAUGGAUUAUGGAUUUGGAUAAGGCGAAUAGCAAUUUAAAUGAAAAUCCAGAAUGGUUUAAACUUUAUUCGGCAAGGGAGGCAUUUGAUAUGCCAAAUUUGAGGCCACUGGAAUGGCACAAAUUGAUUUAUCGGAUGGUGCAGGAACCAAAGCUAUUUGAGGCAUUUUAUAAGUUCUUCCACAGGGACAGUCCAGUAAGUAAACACAUGACCAAUAAAGAAAAGCUAUACAUACUCUGCGAUUUGAAAAGCGGUCGAUCACAAACGCGUCGCGCAAUAUGUCGGGAUUUAGAGAUAAUGAUACAUGAUUGAUUGUGAUAUUAUUGUUACAUAAUUUAUACAGUUGCAAAGAUUAAUAAUAUAUUAAACAGUA